UUUUUGAUAGCUCUAUAAUGAAGAGGUCCUUGACUUGUUUGACACCACCCGUGAUAUUGAUGCAAAAAAUAAAAAAUCAAAUAUAAGAAUUCAUGAAGACUCCACUGGAGGAAUUUAUACUGUGGGCGUCACAACACGUACUGUGAAUACAGAAUCAGAGAUGAUGCAGUGUUUGAAGUUGGGAGCUUUAUCCAGGACCACUGCUAGUACCCAGAUGAAUGUUCAGAGCUCUCGUUCACAUGCCAUUUUUACAAUUCAUGUGUGUCAAACCAGAGUGUGUCCCCAAAUAGACACUGAAAAUGGGACUGAUAAUAAGAUAAUUUCUGAAUCAUCACAAAUGAAUGAAUUUGAAACUCUGACUGCAAAGUUCCAUUUUGUUGACCUGGCAGGAUCAGAAAGACUGAAGCGUACUGGAGCUACAGGCGAGAGAGCCAAAGAAGGCAUUUCUAUCAACUGUGGACUUUUGGCACUUGGCAAUGUAAUAAGUGCCUUGGGAGACAAGAGCAAGAGGGCCACCCAUGUCCCCUACAGAGAUUCCAAGCUGACAAGACUGCUCCAGGAUUCCCUUGGGGGGAAUAGCCAAACAAUCAUGAUAGCAUGUGUCAGCCCUUCAGAUAGAGAUUUUAUGGAAACAUUAAACACCUUGAAAUAUGCUAAUCGAGCUAGAAAUAUCAAGAACAAGGUGAUGGUCAAUCAGGACAGAGCCAGCCAGCAAAUCAAUGCACUCCGCAGUGAGAUCACACGCCUUCAGAUGGAGCUCAUGGAGUAUAAAACGGGUAAAAGAAUAAUUGACGAGGAGGGUGUGGAAAGCAUCAACGACAUGUUUCAUGAGAAUGCUAUGCUGCAGACGGAGAAUAAUAACUUGCGUGUAAGAAUUAAAGCCAUGCAGGAGACGGUUGAUGCAUUGAGGACCAGAAUCACACAACUUGUUAGUGAUCAGGCCAACCAAGUUCUUGCCAGAGCAGGUGAAGGAAAUGAGGAGAUUAGUAAUAUGAUUCACAGUUACAUCAAAGAAAUCGAAGAUCUCAGGGCAAAAUUAUUAGAAAGUGAAGCAGUGAACGAGAACCUUCGGAAAAACUUGACAAGAGCCGCAGCAAGAUCGCCGUAUUUCGGCGGAUCAUCCACUUUCUCUCCUACUAUACUAUCCUCGGACAAAGAAACCAUCGAAAUUAUAGAUUUAGCCAAGAAAGAUUUAGAGAAGCUGAAGAGGAAAGAAAAGAAGAAGAAAAAAAGUGUGGCUGGUAAAGAGGAUAAUACAGACACUGACCAGGAGAAGAAAGAAGAAAAGGGUAUUUCAGAAAGAGAAAACAAUGAGUUAGAAAUAGAAGAGAAUCAAGAUGUGAGUGAUCAUGAGGAGGAGGAAGAGGAAGAGGAGGAGGAAGAAAAUGACCUGGAAGGGGGUGAAAGCUCUGAUGAAUCGGAUUCUGAAUCAGACGAAAAAGUUUUGUUUUAUCCAGGAGAUAUUUCUAAUAGCAGCCAACUGAAUAAAAAUACCUGGGUAUAG